GGAGUCCAGGGCCUACAUCCAUCCGCAAAGAGAUUCUUAUCUUCUGGCGUAUCGCACCGAUAUAAACCUCACCCGGCGAGAGGGACCAGCUCCCCACGGGAUCGAGCGUCCCCCUGUGAACUGGGAGUUGGUGGUGCAGUCCUCCAGCCCCGGCUUUAUAAGCGGCGGCGGCCAUUGCGCGCUCUGCAGAGGCGGCCCGAGCUCCGCCCCGGGGAGGAGGGAGAUCCGUGCGGCCGGAGUGCGGUGGCGACCGCCGGCUCUCACCGCCGCCAUGGCCAACGUUUUCCUGUUCGUGCCCAACCUGAUUGGUUACGCACGGAUUGUGCUGUUGCUGCUGUCGCUGUGGCUGAUGCCCAGGUCCCCGCUUCCAGCUGUUUGCUGUUACCUGGGCAGCGCCUUGCUUGACGCUUUUGAUGGAUACGCAGCCCGCCUACUCAAUCAGUGCAGCCGCCUGGGCUCGAUGUUGGACAUGCUGACAGACCGUUGCUCCACCCUGUGCCUGCUGAUACAACUGAGUGUCCUGUACCCGUCGUACACACUCUGCCUGCAGCUCAGUGCUGCCAUCGACAUCGCCAGCCACUGGGUCCACAUGUACAGUGUCAACCUUCGGGGAUCCGCAAGCCACAAACAGAUCCACCGCGAUGGGAAUCGUAUCCUGCAUUACUACUACUCCAGUAGGACUGUGCUGUUCCUGAUGUGCGCAGGGAACGAGCUGUUUUACCUGCUGCUCUACGUGUUGUACUUCACCGAGGGGCCCACAGUUGUAGGACUGGCUGUUGGAUGGAUCCGUUUCCUGGUCUGGCUCACCGCCCCGGUCUCAGUGACCAAGACCCUGAUCAGCCUGGUCCAGAUGGUGUCCGCAGCCCAGGACUUGGCCCAGAUGGACCAGAGGGAUCACCAUGGGCAGCUGGAUUCGUGCAGGGACAAGGCGGAAUGAUGGGUUGUGGGAGAGAGAGACCCACAGCCCCCUCCCCAGCACUGUCUGAGGGAGGAUCUAGUCCCUAAGGAUUCAUACCACCCUAACAAUCAUGGUGAGAGUGGGUGAGGGGGAGGACAGGUAAAACCUCCAAACCUCCUCCUCCGUGAGGAUGAGAGAGGGGGGGAUGGUGAGGGUUGAGGGGAGGGGUCAGAAAGGGAAGGAGUGUAUCAGGGAGGGAGAGAAAGCGAAGGAGGGAUAGUGUGACGGAGUGGGAGAGGGUCAGGGAGGGAGAGUGAAAGAGGGCGAGGGCAUGUGACAGAGAGAGAGGAUUAAGGAGGGUGUGUUGGAGAGAGGGAGGAGAUGGAGAGGAGUGUGACGGAGGGAGAGGGAAGGAGUGUGUUGGGUGGGGGAGAGGUGGAGAGCGUGAGAGGGAGGAUGAGGAUGGAGAGAGUGGGUCGGAGGGGAGAGAGGGAAGGAGUACAUCGGGGGGGUCGGGGUGGAAGAUUGGGAGCUAAAGAGAGAUGGAGUGAGUGUGUCAGGGAGGGGAGGAGAGAGGGAGAUAGAGGGAUGGAAAGCGUAUGAAGGAGGGAAGGAACCUUGGCUAUUGGGGGGAGGGUACUGGCCCCACCCUUGGCAACCCCAUAGAGGGAGGGGCAAAACCAAGGGUUCUGGGGGAGGUGGGGUGCCACCUUCGGGGACCAGAGGAUACGGCAUGUGGAGCAUCUGAUGAAUAAAUGCCUUUGUCACCCAGA